GCCCCCAAGUUCUUCACGGUCCAGAAAAACUCCAGAAAAAUCACCGUGGCCAAAGAUCCUUUCAGUUCAGACAGAGACCUUGACCUUCCCAAAGGCCCGACCUUUCAACUGAAGAAAUCGGAGAAGAAGACCACAACGUUUAUAGAGUUCAAGAAAGGGGAUCGUGGUUGGAAGGUUGGUAACUGGUGA